AGCUUUGACAACAUGUUGCAUCACAGCACAAAAUAGAAGGUAAUGCAAAAGGCAGUAGUUGAGAAGAAAAAUUUGCUGCAAGUGAGAAAGGAGAAAAAACCUUGAAGCUUCGAGCAACAGUCCGCCAGCGAACAUUUCUGGGAUGUGGCAGGGCAGCCCGCAGUCUGGGGGACCAUCGUGGCCCGAGGAGCCUGGUCAACCAUUUUUUCCUGGCCAGCAGAUUAUCCCACCCUCCAGCUGUGGGCAACAACCUGGACAACCAGACCAGCAGUGUUUCUCAGGACAAGCUGCUGGCCAAGCUGGACAGAUACCCUCUAUAAGACAGCUGAACCCACUAAAGCAACUGGGAUGGCUUCUAAACCCAGGACAAUCAGUCUGGCCUGGUCAGCCUGGGGGACCGGCCAUUCACCCCGGCACCUCGGUAUGGCCUGGCCAGGGCUCUUCUGCUUCAGCUCAGCUGUGGCCCUGCCCACCUACUAGACCUCUGGCAGUCCCAUACAACAUGAACCUUCCCAGAGGGUUUUAUGACAGGAUGCUCAUCACCAUGAACGGAGCAGUCAAACCCAACGCUAACAAGUUUGCAGUCGACCUCCUUCGGGGACAUGACAUUGCCUUGCACUUGAACCCCCGCUUCAAUGAGGCUGCUGGGCAGGUGAUCGUGAGAAACCACAAAGUGGCGAACCAGUGGGGCAAAGAGGAGCGGGACCUGCAGAGUCCGUUCCCAUUUAUGAAAGGACAGCCAUUCGAGCUGAAGAUCCUGUGCACCUACCACGAGUUCAAGGUCGCGGUCAACAACACGCAAGUGCUGGAGUUCAAACAUCGCAUAAAAGAAUUGAAUCAAAUCAACCGGAUUAAUAUCUUUGGUGACAUCACUCUCGCUUCCCUUAGUGUGGACAACCUGCCUUAAGUCCCACGCUCUCCUGGGACGAGUGGCCUUCAUCGGCACUUCGCUCACUUACUUCAUGUAAAAUAUUUCCAUUUAAAUGUCGUAUAGAUCAGAACAAAUUACAUAUGACUAUGCAAGACGGCAGUAAGCCAUGCUGCUCUGUUAUGCAAACAAACAUUGCCUUUGGUGAUGAUUGCCCUUGUGUUUAAACAGAGACGUAAUGGAACUCAUAAGAACUGGAAAUACAACUUUUCAGAUAUGAGGAAGGUUGGAAUAUAUUAUAUGCUAUGGCAAAAUGCAAAAUGUACUCUACAAAGAAACAGUAUAAAUACAAUGUUCUCAACUAUUUUAGCUAAAGCUGUAGAAAACAUACUUUAUUUGACCCCUCAAAUAAUCUUCUCCAUUCCAGUGAAUACAGAACUGCAUACAUUUUAUUACAAUUUUUCAGCCUUUAAGACACCCCUUUAA